GUUGAAUUGCUUUGACAUGUUAAUCACCAGAGAUCUACAGCUUUGUGGAUGGCAGUAUUUUACAUGCAAGUAUUCAGGGUGCCGGAGCAGAAGGGCAAGACUGUAAUCCGACCUAUAGCCUUCAAGCCAGCCAUGUCACCGUCUUCGCGGUUCGGUGUCGCUGGAGAACGGUACGGAUCGACCCCCAUACUAACCAGACCUGGGUCCAGGUUGACGCUGUACGGAAGUAGCAGUGAUUUGCAUCAACAUGCAAAAGAGAGCAGGAAAAACUACUCUCUGGAUAGGAAAAUCCGAAACUCACCACUUGCCAUGAGCUCGCUCACAUCCCUUCCUCACAAACUAAUUAACUACGAUAGUUUGGAAAGUGUUCGGAAGUCCCCCAUGUCGAACGCUGAUAGCUCCAUUAAUCCGUAUGGUGGCGCUAAAUCGUCAUCGUACCUUCUAAGCAGCUGCAGUGGUGGUGGCGGAAGCCUGGUGGACCUCACCCCCUCUCCUUCAGACUCAGGGGUCUCUGAACUGGAGGCAGCGCUUAGGGACAGGGACUCAGAGCUAGCAUACCUGCGCCAAACCAUGGAGCACAACGAACAGGUCAUCUUCAGGGUGUACCAGGAGAAGGAGAAGGUGUGGGAAAGGGAACUCAGUAGGCUCAAGACUGUCCAGGAGAGUCGUUUGAGGGCCAGCGCACAAAAGGUGCUGAAAUUAGAACAAAUGCUCAUGAUGCAAACGUACCAACUACAACAAGAGAAGCGCCGGCUCUGCGCGGAUAUCCAGCGUUCUAAUUUGCAAAACGAGAGAUUGAAGCAAGAAGUGUCUGUUUUGAGGACUCGUAUGGAAGAAACGGAAUGGGCGCUGUGCCAGAAGACUGGAGAGAUAUCUUUGCUCAAAACUCAACUCAAGGAAUGCCAGAACGACCAAACUACCAAAUGCCAAGAACUCCUCCAGCUUCGCACUGAGCAGCGUGAACUUCGCGACCAGCUAGAAGAAAGGGAUGAAGAAAUAGACAAACUUCAAUCCAUCAGCUCCUCCAAAGACGAAGAAAUCACGCGGCUGAAGGAAGAAGUCCAAAGGCUAAGCGUAAUCACACCACCUGCCCAGUACAACUCUCUGGAACCAGACGACAAAAAGUCAGAUGAAACCAGGAGACUCAAAGCUGAAAUCAAAGAACUUAGAGAAGAACUAUCUGAGAUGAGCCUGAACGACUAUAGUGAUAUAGAACCUGGCCGAGUCCAACGCAGCAAAAUCAUCGAAGAAGAAUCUUUAGAAGACCUGGAAAUCCAAAGACUCAGCAGAGGACUAAGCCAAGAAAACAUCUACUACAGCAACGAGAUUGACAAGUUGAGGAAGGAACUAGAUGCAAAAUCAAAACAGUUUGAGUGUGAAAAGAGAACAUGGGCGACGGAGAAAGAAAAAGUGUUGAGGUACCAAAAGCAGUUGCAGAUGAACUAUGUGCAGAUGUUCAGGAGGACUAGAGCAUUGGAAGCAGAGAUCGAAACUCUGACUAUGGAGUUAGAACUGGAUAAGAACGGAUUGAAGAAGGAGAUGCAUUUGAGCCACACUAUAGAGCUGUAGUGGUGAAAUUAGGGCAUUUUGGUCGGAUAUAUGUCGGAAAAAGUAUCGUUUAGAAGGGUUUUGACGUUAAUAACACUGAUACUGAUAAAGUCCAAAGCCAAGAGAUGACAGGAGAAAGCUCCGAGAGGAGUUCUCCAACUUUCCGCUACAUAUUCGAUGAAGUCAGAAAAGUAUUUUUGCUCAUGUAGAGUCAAAUUCUACAUUGGAGUUAAAAGUGCCUGUUGUUUUGUCCACACUAUCCAGGGAAGUCGAGAUGCUUCCAUAUACGUAUUGCAUAAUACACAUUUAUUUCAUAGGGUAAAGGACCAAUUUCAUAUAGUCUAAGAUUAUUCAUGUGAUUUCUCCUUAUUAAUUUAUUUAUACAUUGUACAUAGACAUAGCCACAUCCACCGUUUUUAUUGUAACGAAGUAUAUUUUUACCAUUAUUUUCUCAUAUGUCUGUAGAUGCUUAAGUUUUUCUUAUAAUUUGACGUGUAUUUGUAAAUAAAAUAAAAUUGUCUUUUUUAA